ACUUAAGACCCUCCCAUCACUUGAGAACAAGACAAUAAAUACCUGUAUACCUAUGAUUUAGAGCCUUUUCUCUUGAUAACCAUGGGCUUAGCAUUAUUCUCUCUUUUAUCUAUUCUUUCAUUCGUCGAUCCUGCUGACUUUCAUCCAGUCAUUCGACCUAGCAAUGGGCUUCGUGAUUGCCUCAAGAACCUUGGUGUUCCGGCACUCGAGGUUCUGCCUGGUGGAGGUUGGGACAACCUGCGCAACAUAGAUAUGGGCCGGGUGAUGAAAAUAAGCUAUUCGCUAUGCCAGACCACUGAGGAUGGCGCCUAUAUCAUUCCAGAUGAGACAUUUGUCAUACCACAGAAGAUGAGCUCAGUGGAGAUGAACUCUGAGAUAAUUAGCUCAUGGCUUAAACAGAAAAGUUCCACUUCAAAAUCGAUCAAUGCUGAUGCUUCCUGACACAUUUUGAAUGGCAAGUUCUCUACAGAGAACAAACGCAUGAAAACAUAUCAAGUCAAGGAGAAGUCAGUUACGGCUCAGGUGCAGGUGCGUAACCAUCUGUACACAGUAAAGGCUUAUCCUGACUUCACUCUGGAUGCACGUUUUGCUCGACAGGCAGAGGAAAUUGCAGAUGCCAUUGAAAACCAUCAAACACGCCAGGUUGCCUACCUGUCAGAAAAAAUGGUGCUUGAUUAUGGUACACAUGUCAUCACAAGUGUGGAUGCUGGUGCUAUUUUGAUGCAAGAGGACUAUUUAAAAUCAUCUUAUAUUAAUGAUACACAGUCCUCUCAGACCACUGUUACAGCAUUGGCUGGUUUAAACUUUUUUAACAAAGCAAAAUUUGAUAUUGGCAGUAAGGAGUCACAAGAAACAUCUGAAACUAGGACAUACCAGAGUAGUCUUACAUACUCCAUAACCAUGAGUCAUGGGGGAGCUUUGUUUUUUCCUGGCAUCACUUUACAAAAAUGGCAGGAGAGCACUUUAAACAAUCUAAUUGCGAUUGACUGUAGUGGAUUACCACUUCCUUUCUUUCUCAAUCCAUCAACAUUCCCAGACCUCCCAAUUCCAACAGUAAACAAGUUAGCUCUGUCAGUGCAUAAGGCCAUAGAACGUUACUACAAAAUUAACACCUAUCCUGGAUGUGUUAAUCCAGACUCCAAAAAUUUCAACUUCCAAGCUAAUGUGGAUGAUGCAUCUUGUGAAGGUCCAAGCACCAACCUCAGUUUUGGUGGUGUUUUUCAAAAGUGCACCCAGCUGACUCCAGAUGCAGGUGAAAUUUGUCAGGAACUUGCAGUAAAAAAUCCAGCCACUGGCUUGUUUUCCUGCCAACAUCCAUACACUGCUUCACUAUUGUGCUCUGAAGUGCAAGAAAGACCAUAUAAUAGUUAUGAGUGCUACCAACAAUGUUCUAGAUUCUUUUUAUUUUUCCAAAAUUGUCAAGAUGAAUGUGAAAAUGUGUAUCAUGUUCGAAAAGCACAGGUUGAUACUUAUUGGUGUUCCACUAAUGCCCAAGUUCCAGAAUACUCAGGGUAUCUCUUUGGUGGUCUAUUUGGCCCUUCUUUACAAAAUCCUUUAACCAAAUUUCGAUCCUGUCCUUCAAACUUCUUUGCCUUAAAAUUUUUAUCCAGUGGCAUUAUGAUCUGUCUAAGCAAUGACUAUGAGGCAGCAACAAAAUUCUCUGUACCAUUUGGAGGGUUUUUUAGUUGCCAGGCCACCAAUCUGCUUGCAGGAGUCAAUCAGGUGCCCCCACAGUUUAGCCAACAUCUCCUUACCAUAAGCGAUGGCUGCCAGGUUCUCUACUGUGUUCAGUCAGGUAUUUUCACUGGUGGUGAGUUACCCCCCAUUCAUCUACCACCUUUUACAAGACCUCCAGUGAUCAGUUUGAUAGCCACAAACACUGUAUUUGUAAUGACUGAAGGAAACCAGGCCUGGGUAAGAAUCAAAGGGACUAAGAUGUGGAAGGUGGCCAGGCCUGAGGACAUUGAGAAAAUGUCCCAAAUUUUAGGACCCAAAUCCUCGUCACAAAAUAAAAUGUUUGGCAUAGCUUUUGGUGCUGUAGCCUUGCUGAUGCUUGUGGUGUCAGUUGUAGCAGUAGUGAUAAGAAGGAGGAAGAAGUCUCUUGUAAGCAAUAGAGGCUAUGAGGAGAUUCAUAAUGAAGAACAGUGUGAGACAACCAUAGAAUGCCAGACAGAGCAACAGUCUGAGAGUCAAACCACCAGUCUCUUGGCAUAGUGUUUCUUCCUCAGUGUACUUAUUAAAACUCUUCUAUAAAAACAUACACACUGUACAUUUAUAGUAAAUCUUACUGGAAAUUGGUCAUAUAAAAUAUAUUGCUUCAUGCCCUAUUUCCAGAAUUAAUGUUAUUGAACUGCUGAGUCUGCUAUAAGUGUUCAUUUUUAUGUCGAAAAAGUAUUUGAAGCCC